UUCUCUCAUUUCUAAACCUGAAAAUCUGUCAAGAUUUGUGAGAUUUAAAGGAUUUCCCCCCAGUACAAUGAUGAAGACUGCAGUCAUUCUGUCAUGUCUUCUGGGGCUGGCACUGACUCUGCCUGCGGAGGUGAAGCACCAACGAAUGGCUCGCUCUGACUCUGACUCUGAUUCUCACUCUAACUCCAACUCUGAUGAGGCUAGUUUCAAUUUGCCGCCUCAGCUAACGAAAGAGCAGUUGCUUCAACUGAUCCUUAGCUUCCUCACACCACCUGCCCCACCUGCCCCAGCCUCAACUCCUGCUCCAGCCCCAGCCUCAACUCCUGCCCCAGCCUCAACUCCUGCCCCAGCCCCAGCCUCAACUCCUGCCCCAGCCUCAACUCCUGCCCCAGCCUCAGCCUCAACUCCUGCCCCAGCCUCAACACCUGCCCUGUGGGUCAAUAAGGAAGUGUUUGGUUGAUUUGAUUGUCUCAGUCCAUGAUCCUGAUAUGAAUAUGAAUUGUGUAUCAUCAUAUUGAAUUCAUUGCAAAGUCAAUUUGGGAACAGAAUAAAUUAAAAUGCAGUAAAUUCUAAAUAUUGAGUAUUACUCAGUUUUCUCACUGAAAAGACUGAUGCCAUUUAAGAAAAUCUUAUGAGAAAGGAGAACAAAUUCAUGGAACAACUUAAAGCUAAAACUGUAAGCAUGGAAUGUUGUGCUUGAAUACAGUCUGCUUAGUAGCCCAUGUAAGAACACAAGUCUUUUCAAAAUGCAAGAUGUAUGUAUGAAUCACUGACCCUUUCAAAAUGGCUUGACUAGAUCUACAGGUUUCUUAACAUCUGAUGAAACACAAGGCUUUGUGGGAGGACUGUAGAUUUACAGGUUUUGGGA